UAAAUCCGUCUCAUCUCAUCCGACUACCUCAAAACAAUCCAGCGCCACUUCCCUUUCUCUCUCUCUCUCCUCGCUGAAACUAACUUUCAAUCUAUUUUCGAUGGCGGGGUCUAAUGGUUCAUCGACAAGCGAUCUGAAAUCUAAGUUUCUGAAUGUUUACUCUGUUUUAAAAGCUGAGCUUCUUGAAGAUCCUGCUUUUGAAUUUACCGAUGAUGCUCGGCAAUGGGUCGAUCGUAUGCUGGACUACAAUGUACCUGGAGGGAAGCUGAAUCGUGGACUCUCUGUGAUUGAUAGCUACAAGCUGUUGAAAGAAGGACAAGAUUUGUCUGAGGAUGAAAUUUUUCUCGCAUCUGUGCUUGGCUGGUGCAUUGAAUGGCUGCAGGCAUAUUUUCUUGUUCUAGAUGAUAUUAUGGACAAUUCUCACACACGGCGAGGUCAACCUUGUUGGUUCAGAGUAGAGAAGGUUGGUUUGAUUGCGGCAAAUGACGGAGUUUUACUUCGUAAUCACAUUCCCAGGAUUCUCAAAAAGCACUUUAGAGGAAAGCCUUAUUAUGUAGAUUUGCUGGAACUAUUCAAUGAGGUUGAAUUUCAAACAGCUUCAGGGCAGAUGCUUGAUUUAAUUACAACUCUAGAUGGAGAAAAAGAUCUGGCGAAGUACAAAUUGGCAGUCCAUCGUCGCAUUGUUCAGUACAAAACCGCCUAUUACUCAUUUUAUAUCCCUGUUGCAUGUGCAUUGCUUAUGGUGGGUGAGAAUCUUGAUGACCAUGUUCUUGUAAAGAACGUCCUUAUUGAAAUGGGUGUCUACUUCCAAGUACAGGAUGAUUUUCUUGAUUGUUUUGGUGCUCCAGAAGUAAUUGGAAAGAUUGGAACUGACAUUGAAGAUUUUAAAUGCUCUUGGUUGGUUGUGCAAGCACUCGACCGGGUAAACGAGGACCAAAAGAAAGUGUUAUACGAGAACUACGGGAAGGUUGAUCCAGCUUGUGUUGCAAAAAUAAAGGCACUUUAUGAUGAAUUGAAUCUUAAGGCUGUUUUUGAGGAGUACGAAAGCACUAGCCACAAGAAGCUAAUCUCUUCGAUCGAAGAGCAUCCAAGCAAGGCAGUACAAGCAGUGUUGAAGUCUUUCUUGGGGAAGAUAUAUAAGAGGCAGAAGUAGAGGAGCAAAGGAACCAUGAAGAUAGAAAGAAACCCGGAGAAUUGGUUGUAGAAUUGAAUUUCCAAUUAUUGGUCUAAUUUUUUUGUUGAUUUGAUUUUUCUUCUUUAUCCUUCUUCAUAUCACGGUGAUGAACCUGUAUCCUAUUGUCGCAAUGUAUAACAUGUAUGGUGCUAUAAGUUUCCUCUUAUUUUGGCCUCCAAAUAUUAUUGAAAUUUGAAAUUGAACUUGACGAACCGUUAAUUCUA